AUCUGACUUGGUCCGCGCACAAUCCAGCCCGACACUAUUGCCACUCCAACGGUGGCGCGGCAACCAUCCUCUCGUCUCUGGACUCGGCGGCGACUUGCCAAAGAUCGGAGCGGGCAAGGCGAACGCGAGCGAUCGAGAGAUGGAUGGGGACGGUUGCGUCGAGCUGACAGGCCAGACGUUAGUGGAGGCCGCCCUGGAAAUUUUGAAUACGGCUGAUCCCGUGGAGAAGGCCCGGCUUGGCGAGGCGGCGGCCACCCGAUGGCUGCAGGGAACCGUCUCCCUGCCGUACCGCGACCACGACGAUCUCCUCGUCCCCGAUCGACCUGCCAGGCUUUCCAACGUAAAGCUGGUGGCUCCGCAUCUGAUGCCGAAGUUGGGCAAAGGCGGUAGCCUUCAGAGCAGGCAGGCCAUCCUCCACAGUCUCGUCCACACCGAGAGCUGGGCCAUCGAUCUGUCUUGGGACAUCAUCGCUCGUUUUGGGAGGCAGGAGUCGAUGCCCAGGGAGUUCUUCUCUGAUUUCGUGAGGGUUGCCCAGGACGAAGGCCGCCACUUCACGCUUCUGGCUGCCAGGCUCCAAGAGAUGGGCUCUUUCUAUGGGGCGUUCUCUGCUCACGAUGGCCUCUGGGACUCCGCGAUAGAAACCUCCCAGAAUCUGUUGGCACGUCUCGCCGUGGAGCACUGCGUCCACGAGGCUAGAGGAUUAGAUGUCCUUCCGACCAUCAUCACCCGUUUCCGGAAAGGAGGAGAUGAGCACACGGCAGAUUUGCUAGAAACAGUUGUCUACCCGGAAGAAAUCACACACUGUGCUGCUGGUAUUAAAUGGUUCCGGUAUUUGAUUCUCAGAAGCCUUGGUGGACAUCAAAGUGCAACAUCGCUUCCUGGCUGUGCUGGAUUUCAGAACCUUUCAGUGGUAGAAAAGCUCCCAAAGCAACAACAAGGUGGCCAUGAGGAUGGUCAGUCCAUCGAAUGUCUGGAGAGAAGUCUCAGAAGCUUAGAAAUAGUAGGUAGUGUUGAGUCUGAUGCGGUAAUUCAGACUUUUCAUUCUACUGUCAGAAAAUAUUUUCGUGGACCACUUAAGCCUCCUUUCAACGAACAAGCAAGGACAGCUGCAGGUUUUGGACCAGAGUGGUAUGAACCCUUGGCUGUGAAAGACGUGAAGAUGCCUAAAUGAUUCUUUUUCUUUUUCCUAUUUUUAUCUGGGUUAUUUAUACUUUGGAAAGGCACUCGGAGCCACUCAAAGAUUGUAUUUUACCUGUUUCUGUUGUCUGUCAAAUUUCCACUUUGUUCAAACUAUACCAAUCGCCUCCGCCAGUGAGUGGCUUGACAAUUUAGAAUGAUACGUGGCAAGGCUCAUAAUGCA